CUCGACAGGGACAAGAUCGUGCCGAUGAAGGACGCCGCCUCCAUCUCCUACGUCGACCUGCCCAAGUCCUGGGACGCCCUGGACGACUACGACGACGACGACGAUGACGACGACGACGACGACGACGAGGAGGACGAGGAGGACGACUACUACGACGAGGAGGAGGAGGACGAGGAGUACCUCCUGGACGAUGAGGACGACAAGAUUAAAUACGGCUCUCAGCAGCCCCAGCCGGUGAAGGAGGUGCAAGAGCAGCCUCCACCACCACCAGAGCAGCAGCAGCAGACACAGCAGCAGACACAGCAGGCACAGCAACAGCAGCAGCCAGAAGGAGAGAAAUCAGACGAGACGGGAACAGAUCAACGCCUCAAUCGACGGCCCUUCGCUGAGAAGCAGUGCCCGUCGUGUCCGGUGGUGGGUCCGGUGUUCCUGUGCGGCUCCGACAACCGGACUUACUCCUCCACCUGUCGCCUCAACUACCACAACUGUAUACACGACGCCGCCGUCCACAUCGCUUGUAAAGGCUUCUGUCCCUGCAAAG